UAACUCAUCACAAAAGGGAAACCUUAUUAGAAAACUUUGACAUCACGAGUAUAUGCUAUAUAUUAAUAGAGAUAGCACCACAAAACGAAGACUUCGAGCAGACGCCAUGGGAAUCACCGGAAAUCUGAGCUCCGAGCAGCUUCAGUCCUUAGACUCCCAAGGAUAUCUUGUGAUUGAAUCGUUUGCGACUGCUGAAGAAAUUGAGGCGCUGAGGAAGAGAAUGGGUCAGUUGCUCGACGACUUUGACGGCUCCACCGCUUCGAUUUUCUCUACCAAGGACCAGAAGACCACUGACGAUCACUUCUAUGAAAGCGCAGAGAAAGUUUCCUUCUUUUUUGAAGAGAAAGCGUUUGGGGAUGAUGGAUGCCUAAAGCAAUCAAAGCAGCUCUCAAUUAAUAAAGUUGGCCAUGCAUUACAUGAACUUGACUCAGUUUUUAAGAAAUUCUCUUGCUCUGAGAAAGUGUUAAGUUUCUUAUCUUCCAUGGGAUACAAGAGACCAGUCAUCAUUCAAUCAAUGUACAUAUUUAAGCAACCAGGUAUUGGAGGUGAAGUAGUUCCACACCAGGACAACUCAUUUCUUUAUACUGAGCCACCAACUUGUACAGGGCUGUGGCUGGCAUUAGAAGAUGCGACAAUAAUAAAUGGUUGCCUGUGGGCUAUUCCUGGAUCCCAUAAAAAUGGCCUUGUUAGGAGGUUCAUUCGAGGCGAGAAGGGGGUUACCUUUGAUCGGCCAUCCCCAACUUAUGAUCAGAAAGAUUUUGUGCCUAUCGAAGUGAAAGCAGGAGCUUUGGUUGCCAUUCAUGGUGAUCUUAUUCAUCAAAGUUUUGAGAACCAGUCUUCAAAAUCAAGACAUGCUUACAGCUUGCAUGUUGUGGACACUGAAGGGUGCAAAUGGGCACAAGAGAAUUGGAUCAAAAGAAAAGUUGAGCCUGAGCCCCUCUACGUCUCUUAAUCAAACCAGAUAGAUGAAUGGUACUAUGUUUUAUAUUAUGGGUUGCCUUGUGCAUCCCCGUAGAAAAUGUAAUUGCUCAGUGAAAGUUUGAUAUUCAAGUUAUGUGUUGUAGAAUAAGCUCUUUUCAUUUGUUGCAGAGAGACACGAAAGGUCAAACCGAGUUUCUAAUGUUUGGUCAUUCUACCUUUGUGGUCACAAUCAAACGUUUAAAAUUUGUCUGUAUUGAGCAUUGUUCUCUCUCUCUCUCUCCCUGAAUGUAGUUGUAAUUUGUUCUUUUGGAGUUAACCUCCUACGAUCCAUGAAUACAAGCAAAACACAUCGCACUA